AGGGCGCGGUUUCUUGUUCAGUCCGGACGGGAGUCUUUAUGCGCCGGGGAACUGCUUCCGCUCAGUCAGGUGAGGCCGGAGGCGGCAGCAUGGCCCGGGAUGGACAAUCGGAGUCUGACACUGACGCAUCGGAGCUGUCCGACUUGGAGCUUCAAGAUGCAUUUUCAAAGGGUUUACUCAAACCUGGUUUGAACGUAGUGGAAGAAUUAGGGAAGAAAUAUGUCAACAAUGUGGUGGGUUUGAAACAAUGCUUAGAAGAUUUCAAGAAAAACAUCGAGUGGGUGGAGAGGCUUGACAUGACAAAUGGCCCAGCUGCUGACAUCAUAGCAAUGGCUGAAGGGAAAUCUGUAAAACAGGAACAUUCCGAUAUUGACCCAGAUGAUGACUUCCAGCGUGAGAUGUACUUUUAUCGCCAAGCACAGGCAACUGUAUUAGGUGCAUUACCUCAGCUGCAGCGACUGAAAAUUGCAACAAAGAGACCGGAUGACUACUUUGCUGAGAUGGCCAAGUCAGACCAGCAAAUGCAGAAGAUUCGAGAAAAAAUGUUAUCAAAACAGAUCUCCAUGGAAAAGUCUGAAAAGGCUAAACAACUCCGAGCAUUGCGAAAAUAUGGCAAAAAGGUUCAAAUAGAAGUUAUACAGCAACGUCAGAAAGAAAAGAAAGCCAUGAUGACAGCAGUGAAAAAGUACCAGAAAGGACUCUCUGACAAAUUGGAUUUCCUUGAAGGUGAUAAAGUUUCUUCAAAAGCAAAGAAAGAAGCUGGAGGAGGAUUAGCAGCUGGAAUUUCACAGCAGAAAAAAGGAAUGAAUGCAAAGCGAAAAUACAAAAAUCAGAAGUUUGGGUUUGGAGGGAAGAAAAAAGGCUUAAAGUGGAACACCAAAGAUAGUCACAAUGACGUCUCCAGCUUCAGAUCAAAAAUUGCACAUUCCAAAAACAGCAGUUUUGGAAAAGGAGGAAAGAAGAAUGCAAAUAAGCGUCCUGGCAAAAGGAAUAGACAGAAGAUGAAAAACCAAGCACGAUAAUGAACUGAAAAUAGAGAAAGAUUUUGCUAUCCAGCUUCCCCACAGUGUGGGGUUUAAUGAACUUAGUUUGCUCUUUUGUUUAUGUAUACAGAUUUUUUUUCAUGAGGAUACGGAAUGUUUCCUACAGAAGAAGAAAAAAUCUGUUUUUGAUUAUUAAGUACAACAUUUUUGGUUGAAGCUUGUUAUUUUUGGAUGGUAUUGAAAUCUGGGAACAGUUGACCUAAAUGUUGGUCUGAAAUAUUUUUGUAAAUCACUUCAGAAAUUACUUUUAAAAAUAAUAGUUCCUACCUACGAUGACCUAUUUUUAACCAUGGACAGAUUGCACCAUUUAGUUACUUAUCACUGGGCAUCUUAAAUAACUUCCAAAAUUCAGUAUAUGAAAGACCAGUGACUUAUUGGUCCUAGAAUAAGCUUGUAUAUUUGUAGUGACCACAGGGUUGUUAAACAAUGCAAAAAUAAAUCCCAGCAUCUCA